AAAAAUUUUGCGCAGUGAGCCGCGCAGGAUCGGCGUGAAGAUUCGAGCGGCAGCUGUUCUGGCACUUGCCGAGUGACACACAUGUUGCGGGCAGCCUCGGUUGUGGCGCUGGCGGCUGCUAGUCUGGCAGGCAAGCACCAUGCUGUCCGGCGGCGGCUGUCAGAGCCCCCCGACGGCUGUGCGCUGUACGUUGCUGGUCCCGUCGUCGCUUCCAGCGGUAACCAGGUGGCCACCGUCGAUUCGCUCCAGGACUACGAGCUCACGUUCACGAUGGAGCUGGCGAGCGACUGGAGCGUCACGGGCGAGUGGCAGUCCAUCCUCAAGAUCGGAAGCUCGGAUGGUCAGCGGCUCCCUGGGAUAUGGCUAGGGGACACUAACAACAGAAUGUUAGUGACGCAGUCCCACAGCUACUGCGAAAGUUGCUGCUGCCAUAAUAGCGUGAACGUGUUAGAAGGUACAUUCACGGCCGGCGAGACCUACGAAAUCAAGGUCAUUGUCGAGAAUAACCAGAUGGCGGUGUACGUCGACGGCGUGAACCGCGGCACCACGUCGUUGAGCGCUACUUAUGCUGCGACGGACGCGGCGGUCUGGGUCGGGGAUCCUUGGCAUUCGUACGACGCCGACAAGGUGACGCUCUCGGACAUCACGCUCUCCGAAGUCGCGCUCGCCGACGUCUGCCGGGAGAAUGCCGGCACUACUACCAUUGGUUCGUUCACCUUCCAGGCGGGCCGCUGCUACCCUCAGUCCGAAGCGCCGGUUAUAAACACGGCUGGCCUUAUGAGCGACACCUUGAGGAGAACGGGAACGCCCCAAGAAUGCUACGACUACUGCACGGGCAAUUCCGGUUUUAGCAUAAUGGGUCUCGACCUAAGGCCCACUGGUGGACAGGAUUGUACGUGUAAAGUAGCCGAGGACGACUACAACGACGGAGCGGACUGUAAGCGACGCGCCGAUACAUCGACGGCGAUCGAAGACAUGGACUGGUCGUCUAUGAUCGAAGAUUAUGUCUGUUUCACGGAGGAUUUCGACGCCGACGCCGAGCUGUCGAAGCUCUGCGACGAUGUCGUCAGCGAUGCCGCCGGCAGCAGCAGCAGCAACGGCAAGGAUUCGGACAACGAGGGGCACCUCCUCAUGAUCCUGAUAAUUCUCCCAACCUUACUUCUCGCGGUUAUCGCCUGGGCCAUAUUAGUGGUGAUCAAGCGGCGCAAGCUGGCGUCGAUCUGCGACCGUCUGCGGCGUCCGUCUGCGGCCGCGCCUCCGGCGCACGAGCCGACGCCGCUGUCGCCGUCGGCGCUGGCGUCGAUCGAGGCCAGUAAUCUCAAAAUGAUGGGAACGAUGUCGGACGAGCCGCCCCAGGCCGCGGAGCCCAUCUCGGAGGCCACUUCCGUGCCCAAAGGUCACAUCUCGGGCGCCGAGGCCGCCGCGAUGGCCCAGCCGUCGGAGGGCUUGGGCGCGCGCACCUUGCAGCGCCUCGCGUCAUGGCGGGCCGGCGAGGAGCCGCCGCCGCCGCCCGCGGCGGAAGCGUAUGCGACGGAAGCGGAAUUCGGACCGGAACCCUAAACGAAAUUCCCACCCCCCUUUCCCCAAUUGCCAGCGAAAUUCAUCGACCCUGCUUCCGAGUCGGCCGCGCUCUCCGUACUAGGACAUUCUAAAAAGCCAAUAGGCCUG